CGAAAAUGGUUAUUCCAUAACCUCUCAAUCCAAAUGCUAAACCAAACCAUUUCUUCCACAAACGCCUUUAUUCCUUCGCCGCUAAUUUCGUCUUCUCAAUCAUCUCCCCCCAACACCGGCAAGGGUGGAUUGCUGGAUUUGGCCUCGCCUUUGUCCUCGCCGCCUCCACCAAAUUCCCCGGCGCUGGCGCCGGCCACUACUUCGGCCUUCUUCAACUCAACAAACAAGGAAGGCGACUUGAGAUUGGGAAAACCGCCAGAUCGACACAUCUCCUCUCAUCUCCCAUCUCCUCGGCCGACGCUUCAGGGUCGCAGUCACAAUGACGUUACUGCUUCUCGCUGCAGUGAGAACUGACGGUAGUGGAUGCCGGACACGAUGAUGACAACGAGGACGAAAGGGAACAUGAAAGGGCCAUGGCUUGGAUCUCUCGUCCGGAUGCUCUUAAGGUGAAUCCGCCAGCUUGAGACAUCUUCUCUCUUAUCUCAUCUCCUGGUCCGGAGCUUCCAAAGUCGCGAUGGCGUGACAACUUCUUGCGGGGGUGAGAACUGACGACGAUGGUCGCCGGCGAAGAUAUGACAGCGGUGGUGAAUGGUGCCCCUCGGGGGCAACCAAAGGGUUAUGGCCUAAUCGAAUGAAUCUCCAUUUCUCUCCUAUAACUACAGGAAACAAGGACAUAUUGCAAGAAGUGCAGGAACAAGACAAACCCUGCUGCUGCAACAAGGGUUAACUUGAUAGAAGAGGACUUGAUAGCCAUGGUCACGUAUAUGAUUGCUGUAGUCAACCUCACAGAUGACUCAUAAGGAUGGUGGCUUGAUACAGGUACAUCGAAGCAUGUAUGCAACAAUUAUGCUAUGUUCAAGACAUACACAGAAGCACAUGUUGACAAGAAAGUGUUGUUGGGGACUGGCCACACCAUUAUGGUUGUUGGUUCAAGGGAAGUGGAGCUGAACUUUAUCUCUGAAAAUAAGAUGGUGCUCAAGGAUGUGUUGCACACUACAGAGAUAAUGAAGAAUAUUGUUUCGGGGUAUCUUCUUAAAAAGGCUGGGGUUAAUCAAGCUAUUGGGGCUGACUUGUAUACUCUUACUAAGAAUGAGAGUUUUGUGGGAAAGAGAUAUGCAUGUAAUAAGAUGUUUAACUUGAAUGUUGAA